AUGGGUCUUGUCUACUGCAUCAGCGAUCAUCAGCUAUUGCCUGAUGUGGCACUGCAGCAGCAGUUAUCAAAACUGAUGAAGCUGGGCGCUAUUCAUGUAGGAAUCUUCUGCUUGUACAAAAUUCAUUGUAGACCUAGCAAGGAAAAUAUCUAUAAGUUGCAACUGCAGAAUCACAACCUUCUGUGUUUGCAUAUUGGUUUUAAGGUGAAGCAGAUCCGCUGUUUUCAUGCAACAGCUGCGCGCAUUAGUGCUGGUGGAGCCUUGUUUGUGCACAGAGAUACUCCUGAAAACAAUCCAGAUACCCCAUUUGAUUUUACACCUGAAAAUUAUAAGAGAAUAGAGGCAAUAGUAAACAACUUCCCAGAGGGACACCGAUCUUCGGCUGUGAUGCCAGUCCUUGAUCUAGCCCAAAGACAGAAUGGAUGGCUACCUAUAUCAGCUAUGAAUAAGGUUGCUGAGGUUCUUCAGAUGCCUCCCAUGAGAGUAUAUGAAGUAGCAACCUUUUACACCAUGUAUAAUCGUAAACCUGUUGGAAAGUACCAUAUUCAGAUUUGUACCACUACACCUUGCAUGUUGCGAGACUCUGAUGGCAUCUUAGAAGCCAUCCAGAAGAAGCUUGGUAUAAAAGCAGGGGAAACAACGCCUGAUAAACUCUUCACACUGAUUGAAGUAGAAUGCUUGGGUGCCUGUGUAAAUGCACCUAUGGUCCAAAUAAACGAUAACUAUUACGAAGACCUGACCCCAAAAGACAUGGAAGACAUAAUUGAUGAACUAAAAGCUGGAAAAGUUCCAAAACCUGGCCCAAGGAGCGGGCGCUUCUCAUGUGAGCCGGCUGGUGAACUGACUUCUCUGACAGAACCACCCAAAGGACCUGGUUUUGGAGUUCGGUCAGACCUUUAACAAUGUUGUACUAAUUGUAAAAAACAAAACAAAAGGACUA